AUGGACCGUGCUAACCUCACCACUCGCGCCACUGAAAUUGCUAACGUUGUUCACACCCUAGCAGGCGACCUGCUUUCCCAGGGAACCUCCGAGUCUUCUUUCGAGCAUGGAUUACCCGAUGUCCUGCAGACCGAUGCUCCAGAUUCAAAUGCCCUGGCCGCACGCAUGAAGCUCCUGGGCUUACUCGAUGAGUUACGUGAUCUCUUGACAGACCCAGCACUCUUGGGUAGCCCUGAAUUGCGUAACCCUUCUAUGAGUAUAUUGGCACUGGUGCGCCUGAAGAUCUUUGAGAAUUUUCCGAGUGAGGGAACCACCAUCAAAGAUCUAGCAGAGCGCGUUAAUCGCAAUGAGAAUACAGUUCGCCCAUUAAUGUCACACGCCGCCACCUAUCAUGUCUUCUUCCAAGAAAAACCUGAUUUUUUCAUCCACACAGCUGGUUCCAGGAUUCUAACGAAGAAUGAGGGCAUGCGUUCUUGGAUGCUGGUUGGACUUGGCGAGACCACGCCUGGUGCCCUUAAAAUCGCCGAAGCAGUAUCGCAAAACAAUGACUCGGAAGAACCACAACACAGCGUAAUCAUUCCAGGAUGGAAUAUACAAAAUAACACUGAUCUCCCGGUCUUCCAAGCCCUCGCCACCAUGCCUGAACGUGCGACAAUCUUUGCUAAAGCCAUGAGUUGGCACGCUCAACUACCUGGCUACUCCCCGCAGUAUCUACUAGAUCACUUCCCCUUCGGGUCUGGAGAUAUCACAGUCGUCGAUAUAGGCGGUGGUAUUGGCCAUAUCGCCCGUGCACUCGCAGAUCACUGCCCUAAAGUUCAGUGCAUUGUACAAGAUCGCCCCGAGGUCAUUCUUCAGGCAGAACAACCUUUGCCGGCUAAUCUCCAGGAUCGUAUCCGCUUCCAGCCCCAUGAUCUUUUCAAAGACCAACCGGUACAGGGGGCUGGUGUUUAUUUGUUACGGCAUGUACUGCACGACUGGUCCAAUAAAUACGCGCGGAAGAUCUUGCAGGCUUUGAUACCAGCUUUGAAGCCUGGAGCCAAGGUGGUACUAAAUGAUCGUAUCAUUCCCGGCUAUGUAGAGGCACAUUAUUUGAAAGAGCGUGAAGCACGGGACUACGAUAUGUACAUGCUUGGUUUGCAGAAUGCUCAAGAGCACACACCGGAUGAUUGGAAGACUCUUUUUAGAGUCUUUUUAGAGACACAGACUCGCGAUUCAAUGUGA